AUGUCUGAUUCUAAUUCUACUGCUACCUCUUCUUCUGCUUCUCCUAUAUGGUUAUAUUCUUACAUCAAGCUUCGGUUUUUCAAUCGAAUCCGACGCUUCCUGCUCUCCAAAAACGCCCGCAAGCGCCCCACGCCGUCUGAUCACUUCGACACAUCGUCAUCAAGACCCGCCAAAGUUAUAAGUAAUAACAACGAAGCAACAAUGGCAGGGCAAGUUUUGGAGAAGCAGAGUGGCGAUGAUCAUGAGGAUGAUGUGUUGGGGUUGCAGAGGGCGGUGAAGAAGCUUCACUUUGGAGUUUGUUGGGAAGAGAGGGAGUUGGCGGCUAUGGAGAUUGGGACGUUGGCUAAAGAAGAUGUCAAGGUCAGGAAGUUGGUGGGUGGGCUUGGUGUUAUACCGGUUUUGGUGUCCAUGGCGGCGUCCGAGGUGGUUUCCAGGCGACGAGCGGCGGUGUCCGCCUUGAUUGAGCUUGCUAAUGGAACUUACACGAACAAGGCUCUCAUGGCGGAGGCAGGAAUAUUCUCCAAGCUACCAAAAGACAUCAACAUUCUUGAUGAUCCAACAAGGCACCAAUUUGCAGAGCUGCUCUUCUUGUUGUCCUCACUUGCAAAUACCCAAUUUCCUCUGUCCUCAUUAGAAACUCUCCCAUUUCUUGUUGGCAUUAUUGAGUCAGGAACUUCAAGCAUUGAAACCAAAGAGACAUGUUUGGGUGCUUUGUACAACCUCUCCACCAUGCUGGAAAAUGCAGGCAAUUUGGUCUCCAAUGGGGUGGUGGAGGCUCUGUUGAAUUUGUCCUCCAUCAAAGAGCUUUCUGAGAAAGCUCUAGCCACAUUGGGGAAUUUAGUUGUGACCCUAAUGGGAAAGAAGGCUAUGGAGAAUAGCGCGGCGGUGCCGGAGAGCUUGAUAGAGAUUUUGACAUGGGAGGACAAACCCAAAUGCCAGGAGCUGUCUUCCUACAUUCUAAUGAUUUUAGCUCAUCAAAGCUCAGAUCAAAGAGUUAAAAUGGCCAACUCAGGAAUUGUGCCUGUACUUCUUGAAGUGGCCUUAUUGGGGAGCUCUUUAGCUCAAAAGAGAGCACUAAAACUAUUGCAAUGGUUCAAGGAUGAGAGGCAAGCCAAAAUGGGCCCACAUUCUGGGCCCCAGACAGCAAGAUUUGCAAUUGGGUCCCCACUUGGUUCACCUGUAAACCCAAGAGAGGCUCAACAAGGGAAGAAAAUGAUGAAGAAUUUGGUGAAGCAGAGUCUUUACAAGAACAUGGAAAUGAUAACAAGGAGGGCCAGUGCUUCUGGGGACUCAUCUAAGCUCAAGUCUCUGAUUAUCAGCACAAGCUCUAAGAGCUUGCCUUACUAA